AUGUCCAAAACAAUGCUGAAUAGGCCUUAUGAACACAAGAGCGUAACAAGAAAAGAAGUUGAGAAGAAAGCUGCACUGAAGAGACGUAGGGAGUUGAGAAACCAGCCGCAAUUGGUAAAUGGGAUUUCCAAUGAUACUAAGGGAUUACAUGAAGAUGAAGAAAGUGACCCUGAACCAGAAGAUGAAAUAAUUGAAUUUGAAUAUAAAGGACCAUUUGAACGCUUUAAACUGAUCGAUGACGAGGCUGAUUCCGUUCCCGCUAAACCGGCAUCACAUACUGACAUUAAUUUAAAGGCCCGUACUGCUGCACUUUUAGCUGAAGAGGCUUCUGCAAACGAAGCCAGAAAACGUUCUGGAAGUCAAGACCCUGACCCAAAUAAAGGCCUACGUUCCAAAGCUGGUUCAAUAGGUGGUUUAGAUUCGGGAUCCGGUGGGGUUGAAGUACUAAGCAAGAAAAAACUAAAGCGUCUUAACCGUCCUAGUGUGGCUGCACUUAAACAGAUGGUAGCGCGUCCUGAUGUCAUCGAAAUGUGGGAUGCUUACCGUAACACUGUGCCAGUUCCUAAACAUUGGUGUGCAAAAAGAAAGUAUUUGCAGGGCAAACGUGGUUUUGAAAAACCUCCAUUUCGCUUACCGGAGUUCAUUGCUCGCACUGGAAUAAUGGAAAUGCGGCAAACUGUACAAGAUAAGGAUUCUGAUAAAACACUUAAAACGAAGAUGCGUGAGAAAAUUCGUCCAAAAGUUGGAAAGGUGGACAUUGAUUAUCACAAACUGCAUGACGCAUUCUUUAAAUACCAAACUAAACCCAAACUAACAAUACAUGGUGAUCUUUACUACGAAGGCAAAGAAUUUGAAGUAAAACUGAAAGAAAAGAAACCUGGCAAUAUGUCAGAUGAACUUCGAAAUGCUCUUGGUUUGCCUUCUGGUUCCGGUGCCGAGCGAUAUCCUCCGCCAUGGUUGAUUGCUAUGCAGCGCUAUGGUCCACCACCUUCUUACCCAAAUUUAAAAAUCCCUGGGCUGAAUGCUCCCAUUCCAGAUGGUUGUGCAUUUGGUUAUCAUCCUGGCGGAUGGGGUAAACCUCCUGUAGAUGAGCUUGGACGUCCUGUUUAUGGAGAUGUGUUUGGAAAUGGAGGUAAUAUAGCUGGUGUGCCACCACCUCCACCUCCGCCAACUACUUUUGAGGAUGCUGAUGAACAAAUCGCUCAUGGUAAUAUCACCUAUUGGGGUGAAUUGGAAUCUGACGAAGAAUCUGAAGGUGAAGAUGAUGAUCAGGAUAUGGACACGGAUGGAGAAAGUGAAGAUGAACAGGCAGCAGCAGCUGCAAUGGAUGAAAAUGAAGCACAAAAGAUACUUGCCACACUACCAGGAGCAGGAGCUAUUCCACGACCGGUGGAUGUGGGUGGUUUGGUCACACCUGCUGGAGGACUGAUAACACCUAGUGGUGUAUCCAGUGUCGGUGCUGGUUUAGAAACUCCACAGAGUAUGAUUGAACUACGUAAGAAGACUAUCGAGGAAGCAAUGGAGGAUAGUACUGGCUUAGUCACGCCAUCUACUCAACUUUAUCGUGUACUCCCAGAAACUGAGACUAAUUUACAACCGAAUGCACUUAUGGGUAGUACUAAGUUGUAUGAUGUGGCGGGUGUAACAGGCGCACAACGUGGAAUCGAAGCUGAAGAUCCUCGUGAACGUAUGCUACGUAAGCGUGCUACGGGUACUGAGUCUCAACAAAGUCAGAUUAGUGGAGUCAAGUCUGGAGGUGGUAGUGUUGCUGGAAGUAAUAUACCAGAGCCAGUUGUUCCAUCAGCGUCUAAGAAGUAUAAAGAAUUCAAGUUUUAG